AUGAAUGACCCCAAUGGGCUCUUCAAGGAUUCUGAGGGCACAUGGCACAUGUAUUACCAAUAUGGAGAGGCAGUGGAUGGGAACGGGAUCUACAAAGAUUGGGGACAUACAACAUCCACCGACUUUUACGACUGGGUUGAUCAGCCCGUGGCCAUUCCGGCGUCGGAUUCUCAGGGGUCCAUCUGGUCUGGCAGCGCCAUCAUUGACACCGAGAACGUGUCGGGCUUUUUCUCCAACCAGACAGCGGCCGAAGACAAUGUGGUGGCUUUCUUCACCUCCUACACGGAUCCCCAGGAAGCGCAAUCUCUUGCCUACUCGCUCGACGGCGGCGAGUCGUUCAUCCCGGACCCGGACAACCCGAUCAUCUCCCUGAACAGGCACGGCUUCCGCGAUCCCAAGGUGACAUGGCACGAAGCUUCGAAGAAAUGGAUCAUGGUAACUACGCUGGGCGAUGCCGUCGCUUUCUGGACUUCGUCUGACCUCCGUGACUGGAAUCAGACUUCCGUCUGGACUCCCAGCGACCCCGUAGGGAUUGUUGAGUGCCCACAAUUCCUCACCAUCCCGCGCCGCGACGACAGCGGCAAGUUCAUCGAGUCUGUCUAUGUGCUCCUCAUCUCCAUCGGAAACGUGCUCUAUGAGAAUGUCAGAUCCGCCGUGCGCUACAUGCCAGGGACUUUUGACGGCGAGACGUUCACGCCGACACCAGCUCCGGACGCCGUGCAGAACGGCACCAACUACUGGCUGCAGGACUACGACUUCGGCCCGGACACCUACGCCACCGCCUUCUGGUACGACAAGGACGCGCACGCCCAGGACAGCGUCCACUCCAUCAGCUGGGCCACCCAGGCCAUCGGCGGCUACGCCUGCUGCACGCCGACGGACACCGAGGGCUGGCGGCACACCAUGACCACGGCGCGCGAGCACUGGCUCGACGCCGACUACAGGCUCGUCACCAGGCCAGCCUCGACGGGCCCGGUGGCCGGCGAGCCCAUCAUCGACAAGUCAGACGUCGAGAGCGUCGAGUUCGCCUACGACGACGACCUGCAGGCCCAGAACCCCGCCGUGGAGUUCACCUGGACGGUCCGGGCGCGGGCGGACACCACCGCGCAGCUCGCGCUCGUGAGCACGGAGACGGGCGAGAACCUGACCGUGACGGUGGCCCUGUCGGCCGGGGCGGCGUCGGUCUCGCUGCACCGGUCGAUGCAGGGGUGGAGCAGCGCCUCGCACAUCGACGACUGGUCCGAGGCCAGCGUAGAGCCCGCCUCGGUGAAGGGCGACGAGGCCACGUACAGCAUCUAUGGGAUCUACGACCGCUCCAUCUUCGAGAUCUUCGUCAACGACGGUGACUCGAGCGGCACGAUGCUCUUCUUCGCCAACGGUGUCGUCGAUCAGAUCCUCGUUGGCUCAGCGGAUAGCAUUAAUAGCACUGGCACCAGCGGUGGCGCGUCAGCAUCGUUUGACUUCAAGGCCACGACGCUGAGGAGCGUCUGGGGCUCGUCAACGUCUUCCAAGUCCGCGGUAGAAGAGACUAGGGACGAGGGCGUCAUCAGGAAACAGGGGUCUGAUGAUUACGUUGCUCUCGGCAUCCAGCGUCGCGAGUCGUCGACAUCGUCCAAGUCUUCGGCUGAGACAUAUGUAGAUGAAAGCGUCAUCAGGAAGCAAGGCAGUGCUAGUUUCAGGCCAUUAGGAUAG